AUUGUUUUAGUGCACUUUUAUUUCAAAUAAAACCAUUCGCCAUUGGGCUGUCUAUGUGAAUAUGAAUUCAAUUUUACACUGUCUGUGACGACAAUUUGAAUCGGAUUAACUCAAAAUUGGUUUCAAAUCAUAGAUCGGCAAACUUUAAAAUGUGAGAAGAUAGCAUUUUCACAACUGGAAACUAUCAAAAUAACAACCAGUACCCACGAUAUCCUUUCGAGCAAUGAGACCACUAAUGAAACCACUUACGGUGGUUAUUGGUGUUGUUAUUCUUAGUGCUUUUUUCAUACUGUACAAAAUUUCCAGCAGUUGGAAUCUGCCAGCUCCCUACUUCCGUUGCAAUCCAAGCAUGAGACGGCAUGGUUUGAAGAAAGGACGAAAUUUUACCAUUCUUGACUGGAGUCCGACUUUCUUCAGCAAAGAAAACGGUCUUCCGGUGAAUGUCUAUUUAGACAAUUGCCUCAUAACUAGAGACAAGUCGCAGCUCGAGAACAGUGAUGUCGUCGUGAUAGAAGUUCGAGGCAUACGGUACUUCGAGGAUAUGCCAGAAGAACGGUCGCCAUGGCAACGUUGGGUUUAUUUGAAUAUAGAAUCGCCGUUCCAUGCGAUUUUAGGUGAGAGAGAUUACACUAUGGAAGAUUUUACUGGAAAAUAUGCGUUCAACUGGACAAUGACCUAUCGCACGGACGCGGACAUCCCCAUGUUGCACGGUUGGAGAGUGAAGAAAAACCAAACCGAGAGGAUGAACACAAAUAUCGACAGCAUUGUUCGUAGCAAAACGAAACUGGCGGCUGCUCUAAUGAGCAAUUGCUAUUAUGUCAAAAAUGGUAGGGAUAUAUACGUCGAGGAGCUCCAAAAAUACAUGAUGGUCGACGUGUUCGGCAAAUGCGGUACGUUGAAAUGUCCUGGACACUACACAAAGAACGCAUGCGAAAAGGUUAAAGAAUACAAGUUUUUCCUCGCAUUCGAAAAUUCAAACUGUAGAGACUACGUGAGUUUUAAAAUAUGGAUGCAGGGUUUUGGAAACAAUGCAGUUCCGGUGGUGUUUGGAGCCAAUAAAGAGGACUACUCGGAGCGCGUGAAAGUGCCCCCCAAUUCCUUCAUUCACGCAGAUGACUUUGAGACGCCAAAAGCGCUAGCAGAAUAUUUGAAAAUGUUAGAUAAAAACGAGACGGCUUACAGGCAAUUUCAUCUUUGGCGAAAAACGUACAAGAUAGAUUACGAUUAUCGAUUUAUGGGCACAUUUGCCUGGUGCAACCUCUGCUCCACCCUGAACAGGCGAUGCAACGAGGCGCCAAAAUGGCAUAAAACGAUCACCGAUUUUGAAAAUCCCGCCAAAGAUUGCCACCAGAAUAAGUGGGUGGAAACUCAAUGCGAAAACAAAACAUGCAGCCCUGAAGACCGCGAAGACUAGAGAUAGGCACGUGCGUGCAUAUGCGUAUUGUGGGUAGUCCUAUAGGUCUUAGUGCCGGUGUUGAUGCAAUAGACCUUUUCAGCUUGUAGCUUGCAUGUAAACUAAACUCAUUUCAGAUGUUUAAACCAUGGAAUAGCCAAUAAAACUUAACCAUUUCAUUUGAGAUGGGUUAAUUUGCAUACAAGCUGAAGAUUAGACGAGUUAAGCAUUUUGUGCCACGCACCACUCUAUAAAAAUGUUAUACAAUGCAAAUGACUGUGCAGCCAUAUUUCGAUUACUGCAGCCCGCUAUGGGAUAAUUGUGGAAUUAGCCACAAAGACAAGUUGUUGCAAAAAUAUCAAAAUCGGAAAGAUUUUGGUUUGAAGUAUAAAAGAGAUGUGAGAUAUCACCUAUAACUUUAGAAACAGAAAAACUGACCUAGCACCAACUAUGCCAAAAAUAUAAUUUGGCAAAAGGUUGUUCAAUUAUAAUGCAGCAACGCAUUGGAAUAGUCUCCCACAUGAGGAAAAUAUUGAAACCGUAAUUACGGCGGAGCCGGGGGGGGGGCUGAGGGGCUAACCCCCCCCCCACUUUGUAUUUACAGUAAAACCAAAUGAUGUUUACACUUCUCAUUUACUGAGCAGUGCUGAGUAUUUGGAAUCGUUUUUAUAACAUCAUAAGUAAGAGUAAAGAUGUAGCCCCCGCACUUGAUAUAACGCUCCGUCGUCUCUGCGUAUACACGCAUACAAAAUGCAUUAAAAAUGUAUUCUUAUGCAUUACUAAUGCAAUCUCGAUUGUGAUUGGCUAAAAACCUACAGAUAAUUAUCAAUGUCUUGCCACCUACAAGACAUUGAAAAUUAUCCGUAGGUGACGUAAUUUUUUGCCGCUAGUUUGUUGUCAAUAAUGGC